AUGUCAGAGCAGGACGUCGACCAGGUCCCCGUCCUGGAUCUGACUCCCGAGCAGGCCAGCCACAUCAUCCACUCCCAUCGCAAAGUACGAUACGGCACUGCUUGCUGGCCAUGUCGGCAGCGCAAGGUGAAAUGCACCAACGACCUGCCUUGUGAGAACUGUGUCAAGAGGGAGCACCCGCAGUUGUGCUCUUACAAGCCUAAUCGUUCGAGUGCUGCCAAGCAAGGCUCCAUAACGACAGGCAGUCAACAAGGCAAGAAGCGUGCCCACUCUGCCGAUGAGAGUGGCAAUGAUGAUCAGGAGAGUGAUCGUCAGCCCGAGGGCUGGCGACGAGCCAUCGAGGAUUCCGAAAACAUGGAGCUAUCCCGCUACGUAGGUCAAAACAGUAUCCCAGCUCUACUGAGAGACCAGCAGUCUCCGAUAGACACCAAGGAUGGCGUCGAUAUACGUCAGAACAUGCGCCCCAUACUCGGCCUGGACACUUCGGCCCCAUUCCCCUUGAUGUCAGCAAAGCAUCUUGACAGACUGACGCGGGACAUCUUCACCGAGCUUCCUUCAGACCGGGAAGUCAUGAUACUCUUCACUGCUUAUAAAGAGAUCGCGCACCCGUUCUGGGGUUUCGUCGUUGACAUCGAUGAUUUGGAAUCUCAAAUCAUGAUCUAUCUCGAGGAGCGGGCGAAGAAUGCCAAGGAUCAGGCCAAGCCAAGUCGACCUGUGUCUGCUUCAUGGCUGGCUAUUCUCUUCGCAGUGCUUGCUGUCGGGUCGCAAUAUCGCGAUUCUCCAUAUCACCUACGAACUCGGGACUCGCAGAGAUACAUUCAAAUCUCAUUUCACUUCCUAAGAUUGGGAAAUUUUCUGCUCCGCCCCAAUCUUGAAUCGAUACAGGCCCUGCUACUGACCGGUUUCGUCCUCUUAAAUGAUAUGAAGGCCGAGGCCUCCUGGGCCCUGAUUGGUAUGACUUGUCGACUGGCGCAAUCCCUUGGACUUCACCGAACUGUGGCCACAGAGGAUACGUCCCUGAAAUCAUUCGUGCGCGGGAAAUUAUGGUGGACAUGUCAAUGGCACGACACACUAACGUCGCUGUCAUUUGACCGGCCUAAUAUGACCAAUAUUCAAUGUUGCCCUAUCCCGGUUUCCCCGAGCGCGGGUAUAGCAGGCCUUUCAUACCUGGAAGCAAUGUACACUCUUUGCGAGAUCAUCUCGCAGCGACUCAAUCCAGAUGCGACUGCCGACUGCACAUACAAGACGAUCCUGGACAAUUGUGAGGCCGUCGAGUCUCUGCGGGACAAGGUCUAUCCACAGCUCCGAAGCAAGGAGGCGUGCAAGAGUGUGGUAGACAAGCUUCAGCACUAUGCCUUGCGGUUGCACACUGCGUUUGUGAUCUCGGUUUGCUGUCGCCCUGCUCUACGCGGAGAUUGCACCAAGCUCGACGCCUCGGAGAAGAGUGCCCUGGCUGACAAGUGCAAGUUGAACUUGACGGAGACAGUACGAAUGUUCCUAUCGAUGCACCAGCUGUCUUUCAUACCCACUCGAAGCUGGGCAUUCACCUACCAUGGCCUCUCAUCUGCUGUUCUUCUCGGCAUAUUGUGUGAUACCAAGCUCGACACGGAAAUUCGACAGCUCCAGGGCGAUCUGAUUGCGGCUCUGUCAGCAGCGGCAGCUAAUGAGCAGACCAGUCCUUCUCCCGACCAUAUCCGCAGGAUCGAUAAGGAUAUUGAACUGUCUGGGCCGCUUUCUAGAGCACUGACUGCCCUCAAGAACAUCUACGACUAUGGCUCUCUGCAUGGCGUGAGCGGGGUCAAGAGUGAGAGCGUGUCUGGCACCCGCACACCAAACGGUGUUUCCAUCCCGCAGAACCUUUCGAGUAUGAACCCUCAACUUCGACUGCAGCCUGGCUUUGACAGGCAUCAGGAUGCCGCGCUGGCGAUGGCGGAGUUGCAGAACGGCAACAACAUGGCAGACUAUUCAGCGACAAUGCCCUAUCCAGUCGGCCUACAACCUCAAGUAGGAAUGCCCGACAUGAGUCAGAUAGACCCGAAUACUCUGGCGCCAAUGGAUCUCUACGACUCGAUAUUCUGGGAAUCACCGGACCCUUUCUACACUGGCGCGGAUAUGAACUUCGACUUCGUCCCGCAGGCGCCACCCGGGCAAUCCCAGCAGCAGUUCUACUUUUAG